AUGGCAAAAUUUGGAAAACCCAGCUUUGUUUCCUCGGAUGUGUUCUGGCAGCUGAUGGAUCUGCCAAGACGGCACGAUGAUGGCCUCAUCCAAGUCACUGGCAAGAUUCUGGCUACGGUUCUCUGCUUGAUUGCCUCAUAUUACACCAUCGGAACUAUCUACGACCUAUUUUUCUCGCCUCUGAAGAACGUCCCUGGUCCAUCUCUGGCUCGAGUCACCCGCUGGUGGGAAUAUUUCAUGGUGAAAAGAGGCGUCUCGAACCUUGAAUAUGUUGACUUGCACAAGAAAUACGGCCCGGUCGUGCGAGUGGGACCCAAUCGCUACAGCAUCAGCCUACCAAGCGGAGUCAAGACGAUCUACGAGCUGGGAGGAAAGUACUCCAAGAGCGACUACUACAGACCCCUGCAAGUUGCCGACAUCGAGCAGCAAAACAUCUUCAGCUUACAGGACAACGAGCUGCACAAGGAAAGACGAAGGAAGGUCUCGUCUCUGUACACCAUGUCAUCCAUGGUCACUUACGAAAAGGCUGUCGACGAGAUGAACAGCGUCUGCAUCCGAAAGAUGCAACAAUUUGCCGAACAAGGGCGCCUGGUCAACAUACCACAAUGGAUGCAGUACUAUGCUUUCGAUGUCAUUGGCGAAAUUACCUUCAGCAAAAGCUUCGACAUGAUGGAGAACGAGCGCGACAUGAGUGGCAUGAUCCCAGUGAUACACUCAGCCAACGAUUCCCUGGCUUUCUAUGGCAUCAUUCCCAACAUCGUGCCAUGGGCAAAAGGUCUAUCUGCAGCGCUCGGUCCACUGACCGGUGCUCUGCCCGUGUGGAAUUACGCCAUCCAAACAAUAACGGAGACCCGUGAGGCGAACAAGGAGGCAACAAAGAAGGGCGACACCAUGUAUCAGACGUUCCUGAAAAAGGUGUUGGACCUGGAAGCUCAAGGCCGUGUGACAAUGGCCAAUAUCCUGGAUGCCUGCGGGAGCAAUGUUGCAGCCGGAUCCGACACCACGGCCAUCAGCUUGAGUGCCUGUCUGUACUACCUGUACACCAAUCGCGACAAGCUACAGACACUAAGGAAGGAGAUCGACACACAAGCCGCGGCAGGCCGGGUCUCUGAUCCGAUUACGUUCCAGGAAGCUCAAGCCUUGCCCUACCUCCAGGCUGUCAUUAAGGAAGUAUUACGGCUUCACCCCGCUGUGGGAACUAUUCUACCCCGUGUCGUUCCCCCAGGGGGCUUGGAAUUAUCUGGUUACUAUUUCCCGCCUGGAACCGAGGUUGGGGUGAAUGCCUGGGUCUUGCAUCAGAACAAGGACGUUUAUGGUCCAGAUCCUGAGAUCUUCAGACCCGAACGUUGGAUAGGCGAAGAGAAAACCGGCCUCAUGGAAUCGAUGAUGUUCGCGUUCGGGGGGGGGUCUCGGACCUGCCUUGGCAGGAACAUUAGUCUGCUCGAGAUAACGAAGGUGGUGCCUCAAAUUGUCCGCAAGUUCGAUGUCGAAUUCGAGCAUCCGGGCAAGCCGAUGGAAAGUCGAUGUGCUUGGUUCGUGCACCCCAAGUACAACGGAUUCUUCAAAUUACGGGCAGAGGAUUAA